CAGGCUUAUGUUGUGUUGGGUCAGUUUUUGUUACUCAAGAAAGAUGAAGAUUUAUUUAAAGCUUGGUUAAAAGAUUCAUGUGGUGCCAAUGCUAAACAACAGAAAGAUUGCCACACAUGUUUAAAAGAAUGGUGUGAUAGCUUUUUAUAA